AUGGAUGAACAUUUUGAUUUGAUCAAUGUGAACGCCAAAAAACUUGCAUGGAAUUUCAAAUUUUGUAAUAAGGGUGUGGACAACUCCAACAAGUUCAAUGUCAACGAGAUUGGCUCCAUCGAAAUGGUACUUCAAGAUAAACAGGGUGGCAGGAUUUAUGCAACCAUACCAAGAUCCCUGGCAAAGAAAUACAUUAGUGUUAUUCUUGAGUUCCACAUGUAUACUAUGAGUAACUUCAUAGUUGUUGACAACAUGACCAAGAAAAAAACGUAUAUAAUUGGAGAAAUUGUUGGAAAGGAAGAUCCAAGAGAAUUAGUAACUAGCAAGGGAAUAGAGACUAAGCGAUUGGUUGUUAUUGUGGAAGACUUGGAGAAGAACAGGUUAAGUUGUACUCUCUUUGGCGAAACUGUUGACCAGAUGCUCCCUCACCUUGAUGAAGAUCGACUUGAACCACUAUUCUUAAUGAGCGGCUCUGAGUCAACUUCAGUGAGGAUUAGCCAUCAAUCGACCCAAAGUUCAUGGGUUGGGACUGAUGAGCUCAACAAUGGCAUGGCUAUUGUGAAAACAAUCGAACAAGUUUUAAAGUCUGUUGAGGAGGGGCCAACCUGGAUUGCAGGUACUAUUGUCUCAAUCAAUGCUGGGAAGGAUGAUUGGUUUUAUAAAGCAUGCAGGCGAUGUCCAAAAAAGGUGGAAACUCCUAUUGGGAAUAGGUACGAAUGUGCGAAGUGUGGCCACACCCAUGGAUGUGCAGCACUCAGAUAUAAGGUUGAGGUCAUGGUCUUUGAUGGUACCGGAAGCAUUACAUUAUUGUUGUGGGACAGAGAAACCAACCAGCUGUGUGGAAAGGCAGCUGAAAAAAUUGUAGAAGAGGAUGAUGCUAAAGAGGAUGAAUACCCUAAAAGUCUAGACAACAUGAUGGAUAGAAUGGUGCUUUUCAAAAUCAAUGUGAAAAGUGGUAACAUAAAACACUAUGAUCAGAUUUACACAGUCAUGAAAGUGUGUGAUGAUGAAGAAACGUUGCAAAAGAACAAGCCUCAGCAAAUGGACGUUAGUACAUCUAUGAACAUCACUGAGAAUAGAGGUAGCAACACGCUGGAGAUGUCCGGACAUGUUGUUAAUCUUAAGAAUGAUAAUGAUCCUCAGCUUACUGUGGAUUCUAUGGAAGACUGUGUUGAAAGCCUCAAAUACAAAACACCAGCUAAAAGAAUUGCCGGCAGUUUGAAGUAUGGUUCGGUUGUUGAUGAAGAAUGCCAGCUUUCGACAAAUAGACUAUUUGUUUUGAAAGAUGAUCUAUGUUUGGGGAUCAGACUUGCUUAUGUGCAAUGA